AUGGACACAGCUGAGACUUACAACGUGGACACUAAUGAGUGGACGCUAAUACCAGCCAUGCAGACCGGACGCACCGGCGCGUCUUGCAUAGCCUACCACAACUGUCUGUACGUGAUCGGUGGCUGCGAUGAGUGGGUGGAGAGAUUGAACAGCAGCGAGAAGUUUGACCCGACCACGAACCACUGGUCAAGGGUGGUAGACAUGUACAACCCACGGAGCAAUUUCGCGGUGGAAGUACUCGACGACAAGAUUUUCGUGGCCGGUGGUUUCAACGGAGUGACCAGCAUAGAGCAGGUUGAGUGCUACAAUGACCGCACGGACGAAUGGUGA